CGGAUCUCCCAGCAUGCUCACCCCCCCUUGGUCUAAAAUCGAUAGUUUUUUCUAUCCUGGAGAGCUUUUGUAGAGACAAGCUUCGCGCGAAGCUUGCAUAAUGAUGCGCCAGAUUUAUUUGUGACACCGUGUUGACGAGAUACACAUGCAGCGGAAUGAAACAGGAUGACCAAGUCAAUAUCUGACUGUUGGGAAAUAUAUUUAGACCGUUGAACAAAGGCGGUUGGCUAUAAAUAUGCCUAUAGCAAACCCAAGCGGUCGCGUUUCAAGGACCCAAGUCGCGGGAAGGAAACAACACCUUUGGCCAAAAAGAGGACUGCUUUUGAUGCAGUGCAAUUCAAUGAAAAUACCAUUGAUCAUGAUCAACGCACUCUAUUAUUACCUCGCUCAUGCGAAAUGCGGAUGAUUUGCACUACUAUGCCCGCAUGCACGAAGCAACAGUAAUAAAUAGCUGCCUCCGCAGCUGCUGCGCUCUGCUCAUAUAAAUAUCUACGUCGCCAGCACCCUUUCACCCCCCCCCCCCCAGGAGCUGACGAAAACCAUCUUUCAAUUCAAUAUCUACCUCGCCGCACAGUUAUAUCAUCCUUCUCCAUUUCCAAUUCCUCUCAGUACCCAUGAAGUUCACUCUCCUUGCUACUCUUGCCCUUAUCGGCACUACUAUCAGUGCACAGACUUUGCUCCCUAAUGGAAAGGACUGCAAGGAAGAUGGGAGUAUGGGGAUCUGCGAGAGCGGGUACUGCGAGCAACUCCCAAAGGAGAAAACUGGAACGUGCAAGGAUCUGAAGAAGGACGACUAGAAAUGUCGGCUGUGGAUGUGUUCUGUUAGCUACCUAUCUAAGUAGCUAUGUUCUGGAAAAAUAAUGUCGUCGUUGUUUGAACUUAUUAUUGUUAUUGUUGUUAGCACUUCGCAACAUCUACUCCGUACUGGGUCCCCCCUAUUCAAUUUUGUUGCCUUCCCAUUUCUGAUUUUACUUUAAUGAACGGGAUACUUCUUGGAGAGCAGUUGUAAACUCCAAACCUACCUUAUAGAAUACAGAACAUUCAAAAAAAAGUCCUCCUAGGUAGCUGCUGCAGAACCAAACAAAAAUAACCUAAAUACUUCUACUACGCUACGUCUACAACCUCA